CAACGCCGAGAGACGGCUGGAGGCGUUUCGGGCUCUGCGCAAGCAAGCUGUUGGCUUGCUGCAGAAUGAGGAGCUGCCGCAGAGGAUCCGAGACACGUUGAUACGUGAAGCCCUUCUGGGGACUGGACAUGUUGGGAUGUGUGCUAGACGCAUGGUGAAGGAUCAAGUGGCGAACUGUUUCUUUCGAGACGAUGAUGGUCAGAUGCUGCUGAGAGACAAGGACCGAUGGUGGUCUCUUGCCGAGCUGCUGCUGCGCAGCAUGAGCAAGAUGAAGUGCGAUGACUGGGGCUCGGCUCUCUCUGUAAAGCCCGACGAUCCACAUGGUCCCUUUCGCCAGCUCUUGGAGCACUUGCUGCCGACAUACUGUCAGCAUGUCUAUGCUAAAGAUCAUCUGGUGGAAGAAAUUUUCGCUCUUCAUACAUCAGCAGGAGGCGUCUGGGCUUCAGUUCGCAACAGGGGGAUAACUUCAAGCGCGGGAUUUCCUCCGUACGUUGCACCUGAAGAUGGAGAACCUGAAUCUCGCAAGAAUGGAGACAAUGAGCCAACAGAAAAACGGGCCGAAGAGGUUCGUGCUUCUGGGAACCUCUCUGAGGGGUCAACAGAAAAUUCAUCCCAGCAAGACUCAGAAAACAAGGAGGAUCUCUUGGUCCUUCGUGCGAUUUCUCUCCUGGCUCUCUGCUAUGCGGUGAAUCCUCUGGACAAGGGGAUCCGGCAACUGCUAGCGCAAGCCGCGGGGUUGAAGAGCAUCACGAGCUCUUCUCAGGAUAGACGAGGGGAGACUGAGGGAGCAUCUUCAAGCCAAGUGGACGGGGCGCAGGAGGCGAGCACGAGCAA